AUGAAAUUACCUUUUCUUUUAAACUCAGUUUCACGUUGUGUGAGUUUAAAGGAAGUAGAAAGUGUUUUUAGUAGAUUUUUAAAAGUUUUACCAACAUUAGAUGGAAAUACAACAUCACAUUGCCUGAAUAUUUUGGCAAAGAAGGAAAUAAAUCAGCCGAAAUUCUUAUGGCUUAAGACUGCCGAGAUUCUAACUGAGUCGGAAGAUAAAUCUAAUCCUAACUCAAUACUCUCAAAGUUCCAAGUCAAGGAUGUUUGUAUCAUAUUAAAUGCCUUUGCGAAGGUUAAUUUCCUGAAUUUAAAACUAAUAGAAUCAGGAACAAGUAUAAUAAUUAGACAAAUUAGGAAUAUACACACUAGAGAUCUCUGCAACGUAAUUCAUUCAUUAGGGAAACUAAACCAGGUAUCGACCCUAUCGAGAGUUAUAAAUAAACUCUUUACGGGCAAGAAUAAUAUAAAGGAUAUGAAUUCAGUAUUGAAAGUUAUAAAAAACUGUAAUGAAAAGGACUUUUCAAUGUUACUUCGAGUGUUGAUGUUAAAUUCGGAGACUCUAGGCUUAGAUUCCAUCACUAGGAAAUUACUUGACUCUUUGACUAACAAAUAUGAAAUCUUAAGUGAUCAGACUAUUGCGAUUUUAUCAAACUCUGUGGCUCAAUAUGGCAGAGAUGAAAAUGGUACAUUAUCUGUUCUGGCUCCUAUUAUAACCUUGAGACUUAGAAAAGGUUGUUUCACUCCUCAAUGUAUUGCUCAAAUCUCAAAUGGCUGUGCUAAACUUAAUUUUCGGGAUUUUGAACUCUUUUCUGCACUCUCACAACGAGUUUUAAUGAAUGUUCACGAGUUCCCUCCAAGAUCUCUGGCUAAUAUUUUAAACGCCUUCAGCAAACUAAAUAUAUUUAACAACCAGUUAUUUACUAGUCUUAUACCUCAAUUUGAGUCUAAUCUUAACCUAAUGACUCCUCAAUGUAUUGGUAAUACCAUCAACGCCUAUAGCAAGUUCUCAUUACAAUUAAAUAUCAAUUUACUAGUCUCAUUUUUCAACAAAAUGGUCCUGGAAAUGAUUAAUUUCAAUAGUUUCGACUCAUUCAUAGGACAAAAUUAUGCUAACAUAUUCUCUGGUAUAACUAAAGUAUAUAUAGAAUAUAUUAAAUCUAUCAAUACAAACAACAGUAUAGAAAGCUCUAGUACUGGGAAUUCUAAUACAGGGACCACUAGUGAAGUGAAUUCUAAUAUAGGGACCAUUGGUAUAGACACAUCCCUUGUAGACAACACUAGUAUGGACACAUCCGUUAUAGACAAUACUGGUAUAGACACCUCCAGUUCAGACCUCACUAGUACAAAGAAUUCUAAUAUGAAUUAUAUUGAAUAUGAACAAAAUAUUACAAGUGAAUAUUUGAGAAAAUUAUUAAUAUUAUUAUUCAGAAAGAUGUAUGAAUCUAUAUUGGAGAAAUUUGAUGAGUUUAAUCAUUUGGAUGUUUUAAUGAUUUUCAAUUCCAUGGCACGAUUUCAAAUAUAUGACAAGAUUUUAAUUGAAAAAUUAUUAGAAAAGUUAAAGAUUUUUAUGGAAAAAUAUAAGAUCUUUGAACUUAAUAAUAUUGUAAAUAGUUGUUCCAAAUUUAUUACUAAAGAUCUAAAAACAUUUCCAGAUUCAAAUACCACAUUAAUACAAUACAAUUUUAAAAAUACAAUUAAUAAUUUAAAUAAUAAUAUAAUAAAUAGUAAUAUAAUAAAUAGUAAUAUAAUAAAUAGUAAUAAAAUAAUAAAUAGUAAUAAAAUAUUUAAGAAUAUAAUUGAUUUGAAAAAUGUUGGUAUUAUUUUUGGUAUCAGCAAUGAUAUUUUCAUUACUGAUGUUAUUAAUGAAGUUUUAAUAUUGGAUUAUUAUAAACUAUUUUUAGAUCAUUUAAUUAUUAAAUUACAAGAGAAUAGAUUGAGGGAAUAG